AUGAGCAUCUGAUCUCGCCAUGGACGGCUUUCUCUCCUGCCGUUUGCAUUGGCCCAGGGGCGCCGGGGCUGCGUGGUUCCAGUUCCGUUGGCCCCGGCCAGUCCGAGGCCUUUCUCGACGGCGGCCGCCCCUUCCAUGGCCAAUUUGCCCCUCACAGGGCCGGAUUUAUGUUUGACGGGGCCCUCAGCUCCUGGAGAUAAUGGGGCCUUUUAUACGUCCAACUGUCCUCUGUCAACAACAAAUUGUCGCUGUUUUUAUUGUGUUGAAUAUAUGCCAUGCAACCUGUCCAUGCAGAAUGUAGGCACCCUAUAUAUUGAAAUGAGCAAACCAGUGAUAUUUGAGGGAGCAGGCGGGGCCAUUACUUACAUCAUAGGAGCCAACACAACACAACACAAAACACUGUUGCUGUAUGUAGGUUUUAUUUUAUUUGUUUUUUAUCUUAUAUUUUGGAAAUGUACAUCCAGUCCCCCCCCUCUAAUUUUUUGUGGGGUCCCCAAGAGAGUGGGGCCCUAAACUAUGGCUUGUUUAGCUUAAACGUAAAUCCGGCACUGGCCCCUCAGCAAAGGAAGGCAACCUCCUUGCUGCGCGUUCCUGGCCUUCCCAGAGCCGUCGGAGCCCCGAGGGGCGGCGUGGGCUGCGGUGCGGACUGGGGACGCGGCUCUCCCUCCCUCCCUCCCUCCCGCAGCACGUUCGGGAAACUGUGGCAGGAGUCCCGGGUGGCCCUGAAGGAGCUUCUGGCGCAGGAGCUGCCGGCGCAGCCGACGAAGCCGGAGCGCAACCGGGCGGUGUUCUUCCACACGGUGGCCACUCUCUACCUGCGCUACAUUCAGACGGCGCGGCGCCUCGAGGUUUGCUACGACCAGAUGGUGCAGCCGCAGAAGCGCCUGGUGCUGCGGCCUCUGCUGGAGGGCGUGCUGGGCCGCAUCCUGGAGCUCAAGCAGGAGCUCGUGGAGCUGGACCUGUCCGAGUACCACUACAUGGACCAAGUGCUGGAGGAGCUCAAGCUGACGCCGGUCAGUCCCGGGCUGGCAGCGGGGGGCGGGCGGAGUGCGGCGGGGAGAGAUCCUGUGGGGUUCGUCCUUGCCCUCCUCCCAGGAGCCCCAUAAGAAAGACCCCUGCUCUGCUCUCCUAGACUAGGCCUGAAAGGAAGAGCCUCGAAGGAGCCCCUCUCCCGAGGGCCGGGCGAAUCUCAGGCUGCCUCGCGACAAGUAGGCGAGGUUCUAGUCCUCAUUGUUUAGGCCGGGAAGGGCUGGAAGAGCGGGAGAAGGUGGUCUGGGCGGGGCUCCUGGCCAAAGGAGGGGGGGUUCUCAAGAAGGGGUGGCGGGAGAAAGGGGUGCCUGCAGCGCAGUGGCAUCCAGGGAGACGGUUUGCGCAGGCUACGCUAAGCGGAGCUGGUCGCCUCCUCUCGGGACCCUUCCUGCCGUCCGCGGUGCCCCCGGUGGCAACAGGGGGAAGGGACCGCUCCGUGCAGCCCACCCCCGACGGCGGGACGCUCCCUCCGCGGAGUCUGCGUGGCGCUGACCUUGAUGCCAUUUCUGUGCCAGGAAAAGCCUCGUUUCUCGAGGCCGUUUAAAUCUUCCGUAAGCUGCUUUUAAAGAGAUUAAAGCUGGCUUUAAUUCGGCUUUUACGCUGUUCAUUUAUAUGUAUCCCGGCGUUUUGUGGCCGCCUUUCGGGGCUCUGUUGCCAUUUUAACCCUUUGUCAGCGGCCGAAAAGCAGGGUAGAAAUCAAGUAACCGAAACCGCAGGCCGCGUUUGCACAACGUGGGGCGCGUUUGGACGAGCCACCUCCAGGGUCCAGCCAGCCUGGGACUCCGCGGAAGAGGGGCGCCACCAACCCCCUCCCGCCCCCAUCUCCCCCCUCUUUGCAGGCGGACAUGGAGGUCCCCAUUCCCAAGUACUUUCUCCACGAGCGCGCCAAGAUCCUCCAGGACCGCCAGGACCUGUUGACCGGGCUCAUGAGUCAAAUGGGGCCCACCAAGAGUCAAGUGGGGUCCGCCGUGAGUGCCUCCUCCCUGGGAACGGGCCUCUGAUCGGGCGAAGGGCUCCUCCCGGCGCUGCCGGUGCCAGGCUGGGCUUGGACCCGAGGAGGAGGGGAGGGCGGGUCUGCAGGUUUUUCCUGGGGGACGCCUGGCGCAGGGCCCAGACCGCGGGAGUUUUCUGCACUCGCUCACGCCCUGCCCGGCAGGGAUCCUUGCCCUCCGGUUCCUGGAGGAGCCCGGCGUGGCGGCCAGCAGCGUCCGACGGCGCCCUGCGCUGGGGCUUCCCGUGGCGGGCGCUAGCGCCCCGUCUGAAAAGGGCUGCCCCCUUCCCCCAGCCUCCGCGGCCCAGCAUGCCGCGGGAGGAGGCGGUGCGGCUGAUCCAGAUGGCCGAGCGGAUGCGCCAAGGCCGCCUGCGCGCGCGCUUCAUGUGGGAGAUCCGGAGGGACGAGGAGCGCGAGAGGAAGGUGCGCGAGAGCGGCUUCUAUGAGCCCAACCGAGACGUGGCCGCCAUCACCAUCCAGAAGGUGAGGGGGGGGCAUUGCCUCCAGGGAGGAGCGGGGGGGGGCUGUUCCCCAAGGACUGUUCCCCUAGGACCACAAGGCGAGGAACGCCCGUUCGGGUUGGAGGCUAGGACGGAUCCUGGAGAGAGGCGGGGUGGUCUUUCGAGGCGAGGGGGCGCAGACUUCCCUCUUCCCCAGCGCAAAGAGACAGGACUAGCCUCCCCUGCCUUACUCCGCCGCUCUCCAGCUGCGACUCAAGGCGCUGGCGCCGUCGGGGGUGUGGUGGUUAUGUUGACACCAGCUUAAUCAGAAGGCCGAAGCCAUGAAUGUAGCUGAGAGACGCGCGUUGAUCCCCCAAACCCACCUCGUCCCAAAGCUUUGCCGUCCGCUUUCCGCCCACCAACAUGUUGUAGAAAGGCGCCUUGCGGGCCUUUUUUUUGGCGCAAUGCUGCGCUGAACUAUGGCGAGGCGGGUGUCCUCGUGGGGGAGUCGAGUGUCAAACUGUGGGGCGCCUCAUUGAACUGAGUUGUUCUUCGAAGUGGGCUUUCAUAGGCUCGUGGUUGCCCCCCCCCCCACCUCACGCCCCACGAGCCUGGGCGGGUGAGCUCCUUGGUCAGUGCUGAGCGCAGUCCCGGGUGGGUCCCGAUUCACGUCCCCUCUUCCUCUUCCUCCAGAUCUGGAAAGGGUGCGUGCAGCGACGACUCAUUAAACUAUCCCGGCAGAUGGAGAUGGUUUUCCUUGGCAUGGUGAGCGCGCGCGCGCCCGCCCCCUGUGCCGGACUCUUGCCCUUGGCGCUACGGCCCUCCCGCCCCCUUUUUCCAAGCACCGCUGUCCGGCUGGCUUGGAGGGCGCGGCCCCGACGGGGCGGGACGAGGGGUCGCCACUGGAACCGCCUUCCCUUCCCGCCGGGGCCAGCUCGGCUCCUGCGCCAGGAGCGGCUUAGCCGAAGCACCGCAGGAGGGUUUCGACGGGCGCCUCGGGGCUGGCGCAGGAGGGAGGGAGGGAGGGAGGGAUCGCGGCCUUGCUAGCCCCGCGCUUCUCGCCCCGGCGCGGCCCGGGCAGCCCAAGGCGCGUCCGUCUCCUGCGCCAAGCGGGGGUCUAUCCGUGUCCCCCCCGUCCCGUUUCCGCCGGGGCUCUUCCCGCCUCCUCCCCCCCAUUAGCGAGUGUUUAGUUCAGCGUUUUAAAUAAUUGUGUCCUCGGAAUGAUAUUUAAAAUCCAUUUGGGGGGCAAUGAGGCGGGAAAGUGCCUGGGCGCCGCGGCCGCUGCCGGGCAAGGAGGCGCCGCGCGCGCAUAUUACAAACUCAUUACGGGGUAAUUUACACGGCCGCGCUCGGCGCCCGCCUCCCAUCUCGCCUAAUGGCCUCGCCUGUGCCGUCGUAUCUCUCCCUCCCUCCGGCUCGGCGUGGGGCUGGGGGGGGAGGGAGAGGGAAGGUCGCCCCCCCCAGCUGCUCACUGCCCACCCCGCGCAGGAGCUGGAGCCGGAGCUGGCGGGCCCCACGCCGGCCAUGAUCCGGGCGCAGCUGGGCGAGGAGCUGCGCCGCAUGCGCCAGGCGGACUACGAGGCCGAGUACCAAGUGGCGCUCGACAACAUCCGCGACACCAUCUACGAAGUGGAGGGGCCCAGCAUGUGCGAGGCGCUCAAGGACCAGCUGCGCCAGUGGUUCAUCGAGUGCCGGUGAGCAGCAGAGAGAGGGCAGGGCAGCCCAGGAGAGCCUGGAGGGGCCCCGGGAAACAGCGGGAAGCUCCUCGGGUCCAAGGCUGCAAUGAGCCUGUUAAGGCCAGUUUGAACAGUGGAAACCUGCAAGCGAAACAUGAGCAGGAGAGGCAGUCUCUCCACCAUGAAUUCACCUAAUCCUCUUUUAAAGCCAUCCAAGAUAAUAACAACAACAAUAAUAAAAAUAAUCCCUUCUGACUGGAUUGUUCCAGCCACUCUGGGCAGCUUCCAACUGUUAAGGGAGAAAUUUGAGGGCUCCCUUGGACAAAAAACAAGGACCCCAGCCAGGAAGACCAGAGCAAAACAGCAGCCAGUCGGCUUGGUCUUGAUUGAAGACAGUCGUGACAGGACUCCCACCUUCCACCAGGUGGAACAAGAUGGAAGCCCCCAACAAAAGAGAACCCAAACUUUUAUUAGCUGCUAAUCCCCAUGUUACACCCCCCCAACUACAUCACUCAUACAUCACGGUUACAUCAUGAAAGGGGAGGUCUGGUGGCAGUAAUCUGAGCAUCCUGGACUCUGCCCCAUGGUUCCCCUUGCCUCCACCAAACACCCAUCAAGUGGAACAACAGAGAUCUUUACAUUUCCCUGUUUCCCAGCCAAGUUAAUCACACCCUUUUGUCUUCAUCUGGGUUUGUUAUUUCCGGAAUGGCUACCUGUCUGGCACUCAGGUCUCAGGAUGCCAGGGAUUAUCACUCAGGCAGAGGGGCUGCUGAGUAGCUGAGCUCACAUGUCUAUAUGAAUUUCUGAAGUUUCCCCAGUGAGCCAGUACAUAGGUACAUUUAUCAGUGAAUUGUUACAUUUGGUAUCGUACAGCAAAGACCCUUUGAAUAGAUAGGAAGAAACUGUGAUGAAGUAUUUUGUGGGGACAAAUAACAAAAGUCACAAAAGUGAUGGUUCUGAUUUUGGUAGUGGGCUUCAUGUGCAUGAUAUCUGCUGGAGGGGCAACCCCCCCAACCUACACAUAAAUUCCUGCAACAGAACAUACAUAAAAACAAUAAAACCAUAAACCUUAAAAAGCUUCCCUGUGCACGGCUGCCUUCAGAUGUCUUCUAAAAGUCUUCUCCUUGCCAGUGGAUGGGAGGGCGUUCCACAGUGUGGGGGCCACUAUGGAGAAGGCCCUCUGGUGUCCAUAGGUGCUGGGAGUUCCAUAAGGGCUAUCUUUUACCUGUCCUAAAUCUCCCCAGUGGUAGCCCCCCUCCCUCAAGGGACAAGCUGGUCGGCUCUUCUCAGUGGACCAUUGAUGCUCAUCCCCCCCAUUCUGCCUCCCACAGCGACCUGGUUGGCUCCUUCCCCGACUACCCUGAUGAGCAGAUGGGGGGCUGCACUGUCCUCUUUGCUCAGAAGACCCCUGAAGAGGUAUUGGAUGGAAGGGCUGAAGAGGGGAGGGGGCUUGCAGUACCCCUCUGCCUUAAGGAGGAGCCUCCUGGAGGCUGCCACCCCCCCUAAGAUACCCUCACUCCCCCCCAAGUCCAUUCCUCUUGGAGUCACACGGAUUCUCCCCGCAGGUGCAGAAUGAGCUGGAACUGGCCGAACUGAAGGCAGAAAGCAAGAAGAAGGAGAAGAAGAAGGAGGAGAAAGACAAAGGGGAGAAGGAGAAAGGGAAGGAGAAGGAGAAAGGGAAGGAGAAAAAGAAAGCGGUGAGGAGGGGGGGUGGUUCCCUACCCUGGCUAAACUCUUGGAGUCCAUCUGCUCCCUGAGAGGCCACAGCUGUGCAGGGAUGGGGAUGGGAGCUGGGGGUGGGGACACCUUAGGGGGUCUGCUGACGUGCUGGAUUUGAGGUUCUCCUCAGGAGGAAGACGAAGGCCUGCUUCUCCACCCCUCCAAGUUCCUGCCAACCAUCAGCCAGGGCUACCUGCGCUACACAGGUGAGGCAGGGCAGAGGGGAGCCCAGUGUGGGAGGGAAGGGGUUGACAGCAGGGGGCUCUUGGGCCACUUCGACAGGCAAAGCUGCCAGCAGUGGGUCAAUGUAGUGUCCAUUGCAUGGGGGGGGCAGAAGGAGCCCACUCAGUGCCAGAUUAAACCUUGUGGAGGCCCCUAGGCAGUCAAAAUCUCAGGGCAAAUUAUCUCCAAAUAUGCGCUUGAUUUUACCAACCAACAAUUGGAUUACACAAAACAAGCAGUAUCUGUUUUGAUCCUUUGUCUCGGGGCCCCUAAAGGGGGGGGGCACAGGCUGGUGCCUACUCUGCCUAUUUGUAAUCUGGCUCUGAGCCCACCCCGCGGGGACAAGCGGGCAUCGGCACUCCAGGAGCUCCACACCCAGCCCAGGGUGGCAGAGCACCCCACUCCAGACAUGGCUAGGUGUUGGGCCAAACACAAGAUCCCUGCAUUGUUGGGGGUUGGACUAGAUGACCCUUAGGGGCCCCUUCCAAAUCUGCAGUUCCAUCACUGAGCCCCAGACGUCCCUCCACAGUUCCUUCUGGCCCAGACCUCCUGUCCUCAAGUGGGCACUGACCGCAGCCAUCAUGGCAAGCUGGGCAGGGCUGCUGGGCACGGUGAGGGCUGGGGGUGGGGAGCACGGGGACAUCAGCACUGCCUGCCCCCCCCAAGGCUGCUGGAGUGACCAGGAUGAGGCCAUCAACUUUGAGCAGCGCUACCAGGAGGACCUGAUCAAGGUGGACAAGCGGAAGGAGGUGGAGGAGGAGAUACGACUGCAGGUGGGUGCCCAGGUGGAGGGGCAGGCCUUGUCCUCAAAAAUUCCAGGGGCCACAGAAGCUGGGCCCCUGCAGCCCUUUUCUGAGGCCCCCUCCCCUCCUCUCCCUUCCCCUGCUCAGGUGGAUGAGCUGAUGCGACAGGAGCUUCAGCAGCUCAAGCUGGCCAUCGACCAGGAAGUAGCAAGGCCGGUCAAGGCCAAGGCCAAGAAGAGUGCCAAGGUCAGUUCAGGGGGGAAGGCCUUUUAUCCAAGGAGCAUCCCCUGGGGGGGCAAUGAAGGAGGAGCCUGUCUUUCUGCCCCCCAUUCACCUGCCCAGAGCUGCAGAACAACUUUUUCUGACUUUUUUUUUUUUUUGAGCAGAAAAAGGGAAAGAAAGGGAAAAAGGAGAAGGACCUGACACCAGACAGGUAGGUCCCCCUCUCUUCCUCCCCCCCCCAUUCCUCCUGGCCAUGCUGAAGGUGUGGCUCCUGGGUGGGUGGGGGUGCUGGGGGCACAGGGUGUGCCUGUGGGAUGUGAAACACAAGAGCAGUCAAGUACAACAUUCCUAGAGUGAACAUGUUUACACAUGGGGAGGAAUGUUUGUCCAGCCAGCAGGUAAACUUCCUGUUUCCUUCUGGGCUGGGACAGACUUCCUCUGCAUGUGACGAGAGGUGGGCGUGGCCUCACCUGUGCAGGUAAUGACAAAAGCACAGGGCAGGGCAGCCAUCUCUCUUUUGACUACAUGCAUCGAAGAAGCAACAUCUGCUUAGCCAAAGAUGCUCUCUUGGAGAGUACAAAGGGACUGUUUCUUUAUGGGAUAGUUUCCAGGUGUAUGUUACUUUUUUAAGCUAAGUCUGCCUUCUGGGAUCUGAUUGUGAACAGAAUGUGAGUAAACUCUUUUUAUACUUUUAUAGAAGACUGUGUCGUGUCUUAUCUUUUAUGAGGGAAUAAGGGGAAAAUACCAGAAGAGUUAUUACAGAGGCUUAAGCAAGUCUGUGCAAAUACAUCCACUGUGAGUUUAAAAGGGGGAAUGUUACUCUGCUAAAUUGUGAACUUGUUUACACAAGUUGGAAAGGCUAUAAUCAAACAAUAUAUCCUCUCCUGCAUCCCUGAAUAUUCCCACAGUGCCAUGGGGUCAGAGGCAUGCAAAAGUGGGUGCAGUGGGUGUGAUCCGCCCCGGAUGCCAUCCCUGAAGGAGGGUGACAUCGCCAUGGGCAGCGCCCCUCCGGGAUCCUUCCUGCUGCCGACGCCCCCCCAGGAUGCGUGCUCCUGCUAGCUCCACCUCUGCUCAUCCCUAUGGGCAAUUCACCACCCCAGGUGCCCAAGAGGCUUCCUCUGUUACUGCAUGGGAUUGGCCUACACUUUUCUGCUUUGCCUCGGAAUGGCUAGGAGCCCAAUUGCUCACCUGUGUGCUCCCCGAGACUCUCCUCUGCUCUGGGCACCUUGGCAGAGAGUGCAAGGGACAGGAAGGGGCGCAGAUACAGCUCCUUUCCAAGUGAGCCUAGAGAUGUCUCUGCUGGCAAUAAGCUCCAGGGGCCUCCUGGCAGUUUCCUCCCUGCGAGAAAUGAGGUUGCAGGGAACCAGGCAGAGGGCCUUCUCGGUGGUGGUGCCCGCUCUGUGGAACGCCCUCCCAGCCGAUGUCCAUGAGAUGAGUAACUAUACAGCCUUUAGAAGACAUCUGAAGGCAGCCCUGUAUCAGGAAGUUUUUAAUGCUUGACAUUUUAUUAUGUUUUUAUAUGUGCUGGAAGCCGUCCAGAGUGGCUGGGGAAACCCAGCCAAAUGGGAAGCGUAUAAAUAAUAAAACUAUUUAUUAUUAUUAUUAUUAUUAAUAAUAAUAAUAGCUAGUAGCCACGAAGUUUCCUGUAACCUCACUUCUCGCAGUGAGGGAACUGCCAGAAGACCCUCAGAGGAGGACCUCGGUGUCUGGGCUGAGCGAUGGAGGUGAAGGCCAUCCUCUGCUCCAGGAAUUUCUCUAAUGACACCUUAAAGCCACCCAGGUCUCCUCCUGCAGGAGUGAUUGUUUUUAACAAAAUUAAUUUGCCCAGGCAGACAAAGGAAGUGAUCUCACAGAGUUCUCUUCUCUAGCAAAUUUACAGGAAAGCUCUGGGAGUCGCUGCCUGUCUGGCGAAACAUGAAAUGUUGCUGGGGGACCCUGCCCCCCUGGCUGAGCCUUGCCUCCCUCCCCUCUGUCCCUCAGGACCCUCGAAUCCCUCUAUGAGGAGCUUGUGCGCGAGGGCAUCAUUAAGAAGCCACAGAAGGUGCAUCUGGCCGAUUACACAGGUGAGUCAUCUUGCCUUCCACCCUGAUUUUAUUUCUCCACGGAACUGAAGGUGACAUCCAUGGUUCUCCCUCUCUGCCUUUAAUCCUCACAACUGUGGGGUGUGAAACACAAGAGCAGUCAAGUACAACAUUCCUAGAGUGAACAUGUUUACACAUGGGGAGGAAUGUUUGUCCAGCCAGCAGGUAAACUUCCUGUUUCCUUCUGGGCUGGGACAGACUUCCUCUGCAUGUGACUAGAGAUGGGUGUGGCCUCACCUGUGCAGGUAACGACAAAAGCAUAGGACAGGGCAGCCAUCUCUCUCUCCUUGACUACAUGCAUUGAAGAAGCAACAUCUGCUUAGCCAAAGAUGCUCUCUUAGCCUCCAGCCAAGGUACCUUAACCUGAGGUACCACUGUAUAUGUUACUUUUCUAAGCUAAGUCUGCCUUCUGGGAUCCAAUUGUGAACAGAAUGAUGUGCGAGUAAAUCUUUUUUAUACUUUUAUAGAAGACUGUGUCGUGUCUUAUCUUUUAUGAGGGAAUAAGGGAAAAAUACCAGAACAAUUAUUAUAGAGGCUUUAGCAAGCCUGAGCAAACGCAUCCACUGCAAGUUUAAAAAGGGGAAUGUUAUUCUGCUAAAUUGUGAAACUUGUUAACACAAGUUGGAAAAGCUAUAAUAAAAAAAAAAAUCCUCUCCUGCAUCCCUGAACAUUCCCACAACAACAACCCUGCGAGGUAGGUUAGUUCGAGAGGCAGCAAGCCGCCCAAAGUCUCCCAGGGAGCUUCAUGGCAGAGGGGGAUUUGAACCUUGGUCUCUCCCACACUCUAACCCAGGCAUGUCCAAGAGAUGGUGUAGUGGUUAGAGCAGGCAUAGGCAAACUGGGCCCUCCAAAUGUUUUGGGACUACAACUCCCAUCAUCCCUAGCUAACAGGACCAGUGGUCAGGGAUGAUGAGAAUUGUAGUCUCAAAACAUCUGGAGGGCCAAGUUUGCCUAUGCCUGCUCUAACCACUACACCAUCUCUUGAACAUCUCUUGAUACAACAGAGCAGCUCCUCCUCCUCCUCUCCUUCCCUCUGCUGCCAUUUCUUCGGUUGGACUCCCUCUGGAGGGAUAUGAGCAAAAUCCCCUUUACUCCAACUCAGCCAUGGAAUGUGUGCCACUGGGCAUGUACAGAGAACCGUUGCUCACAAUCUGCCAUAGAGUGGUAGGGCUGGAAGGAACCUCCUGGGGGGCUGCUGGGUCCAACCACCACGAAUAGCGAGGCCUGUUUGCCUGACAACAAAUGUCCCACCAAACCAACCUGCCAGAGAAGGGAGGGGACUGACAAUCCAGAAUGCGGCAGCUAGACUGGUGACUGGGAGUGGCCGCCGAGACCACAUCACACCAGUCCUGAAAGACUUACAUUGGCUCCCAGGGCAUUUCUGAGCACAAUUCAAAGUGCUGGUGUUGACUUUGAAAGCCCUUGGCCCAGUAGAUCUGAAGGAGCGUCUCCACCCCCAUCAUUCAGCCCGGACACUGAGGUCCAGCUCUGAGGGCCUCAUGGCGGUUCCCUUCCUGCGAGAAGCCAAGUUACAGGGAACCAGACAGAGGGCCUUCUCAGUGGUGGUGCCCACCCUGUGGAACGCCCUCCCAUCAGAUGUCAAGGAAAUAAGCAACUAUCUGACUUUUAGAAGACAUCUGAAGGCAGCCCUGUUUAGGGAAGUUUUUAAUGACUGAUGUUUUACUAUGCUUUUAUAUUUGCUGUAAGCCACCCAGAGUGGCUGGGACAACCCAGUCAGAUGUGUGGGGUAGACAACAUAUAUUAUUAUUAUUAUUAUUAUUAUUAUUAUUAUUAUUAUUAUUAUUAUUAUUAUUAUACACUGGCUGAGGGCCUGUUCCUCUUGCCUCCCCUUUUCCACACCAGGUGACUUCUGCUACCUGGGCACCUACCUCCGCCAGCAGGAGAUAGAGCCAAUCCCCUCCACUUUGGACGUGCGCCAGAACAUUGCCCUGUAUGCUGUCCUGCGUCUGGGUAGGGCAGCAGCCAGUCCCCCAUCCCAUAAUGUGCCCCGGGUGUUGCUUCCAGACCGUUGCCCUGGGUCCUGCCCUCUUUCUCUGGGUGUGGAGACCCCGUUUCUCGCCUCCCCCCACAGGCUCUCAGGCUGUGCAUGAGAUGGCCCCCCUGGUGAAGUCCCUCCUCCUGGCCGGUCCAGGGGGGACUGGGAAGAAGAUGCUGGUCCACGCCGUGUGCACAGAGACAGGCGCCAACCUUUUUGACCUCUCCCCAAGGAACCUGGUUGGGAAGUACCCAGGCAAGGCUGGCCUUCAGAUGAUGAUCCACCUAGUGUUCAAGGUAUGGCCUGGCAGGGAGGGGGCAGUUUUAGGGGAACGGGGAUGGGUCAUCUAAUUAUGGGAUCGCACAGGGCGCUGGGGAAAUCUAAGAGUCCAAAGUCCUCCGCUGGGUCCUGGCAUUGUAGCUGGCGAGGGUCGCUAUAGGGCUGGCUGGAAGGAAGAAGGGGAGCAAGGAAGAUUUAUUUAUUUAUCUCAUAAAACCUAUACACUGCUUGAUAGGUGUUUGUUUUUUCAAAAAAAAACACCUCAUGUGGAAAUGUUGUGGAUAUUAGGAGAGGAUAUAAUCAUUUAAGUUGAGAAAUCCAGUCUGGCUUGUCCAGAUUGGAUUGUUCCUGGUAAAUUUCCCCUUUAGUUCCCUCUUAAAAACAAUACAGUGGUACCUUGGGUUACAAACACUUCGGGUUACAGACUCCGCUAACCCGGAAGUAGUACCUUGGGUUAAGAAGUUUACCUCAGGAUGAGAACAGAAAUUGAGUGGGGCAGCACAGUGGCAGCGGGAGGCCCCAUUAGCUAAAGUGGUACCUCAGGUUUGUGGGGAAUGUUCAGGGAUGCAGGAGAGGAUAUAUUGUUUGAUUAUAGCCUUUCCAGCUUGUGUAAACAAGUUCACAAUUUAGCAGAGUAACAUUCCCCUUUUUAAACUCACAGCGGAUGUAUUUGCACAGACUUGCUUAAGCCUCUAUAAUAACUGUUCUGGUAUUUUGCCCUUAUUCCCUCAUAAAAGAUAAGACACAACACAGUCUUCUAUAAAAGUAUAAAAAAGAUUUACUCACACAUCAUUCUGUUCACAAUAGGAUCCCAGAAGGCAGACUUAGCUUAGAAAAGUAACAUACGCCUGGAAACUAUCUCAUAAGGAGACAGUCCCUUUGUCCUCUCUGGGCUGGAGGACAAGAGAGCAUCUUUGGCUAAGCAGAUGUUGCUUCUUCAACGCAUGUAGUCAAAAGAGAGAGAUGGCUGUUCUGCCCUGUGCUUUUGUCAUUACCUGCACAGGUGAGGCCACGCCCACCUCUAGUCACAUGCAGAGGAAGUCUGCCCCAGCCCAGAAGGAAACAGGAAGUUUACCUGCUGGCUGGACAAACAUUCCUCCCCAUGUGUAAACAUGUUCACUCUAGGAAUGUUGCACUUGACUGCUCUCUUGUGUUUCACAUCCCACAAGGUUAAGAACAGUUGCAGCUUAAGAAGGGACCUCUGGAAUGAAUUAAGUUUGUAACCAGAGGUACCACUGUAGUGACACGACAGUCUUCUUUUAAAAGUAACCGUAAAGUUUACUUGCAUUCAGGUCACAGUAUUGUCCUGAAGGCAGGCUUUAGCUUGUAGUUACAGGUACACGUGUAGAGAAAAUAAGUCUGAGGUGGGCCUGAGAAUUAAUUGAGCCUUGUGGCUUCCAUCCUCUGUAAGGACGAGCCAUGUGCUGGUGGCUCAGAGCCAGCAGAAGAUGGGAAAAGAGCAGCAAAAGAGGCAAAGAGCAAAAGAGGAAGAUGGCUGCGUGACUGGCCCUUUCGUAGGGUCUCCCAGGGUCAAGCCCAUACCUGGUCACACGGGGAGGAUACUCCCGAGCAGGUGUGACAGGAAGUCCUCCUGGCUGGAGCAACAUUUCCCUGUGUGUCCACUCUAGGAAGACACGGGUGGUGCUGUGGGUUAAACCACAGAGCCUAGGGCUUGCUGAUCAGAAGGUCGGCAGUUCGAAUCCCUGCGACUGGGUGAGCUCCCGUUGCUCGGUCCCUGCUCCUGCCAACCUAGCAGUUCGAAAGCACCUCAAAGUGCAAGUAGAUAAAUAGGUGCCGCUCCGGCGGGAAGGUAAACGGCGUUUCCAUGCGCCGCUCUGGUUCGCCAGAAGUGGCUUAGUCCUGCUGGCCACAUGACCCGGAAGCUGUACGCCAGCUCCCUCGGCCAGUAAAGGGAGAUGAGCGCUGCAACCCCAGAGUCGGCCACGACUGGACCUGAUGGUCAGGGGUCCCUUUACCUUUACCUUUUACACUCUAGGAAACAGGAAAUGUUGUGUUUGACUGCUUGAGUGAAUGAUACAUCCCACACCUGAAAGGGGUUUGCAAAAAGCUGAGCCUCAGCCCCUUCAUGUGCCCCUCUAGCAAAACACAAAUGGUUGCUUUUGGCUGCAGCAAAGACCCACACAACCCUCCUCCAUCUGGUCAACUUCUAAACGGAGCCUUGGUGGUGCCCCAGGGCUCUGCCAUGGCCUUCCUCUCUGGAGAUGGAGCGAUGCAGCAGUAGUUUGGGAGCAGCUGCACCAACCCCACCCCACGCCCCCAGCCUCACCUUGCAGACCUUCUGGUCCUAAAGGCGGGGUCACUUUCCAGCAGCUGCCCACAGCUCUUUUUUGUGCCCCAUGUUCUGCAGGUGGCCCGUCUGCUGCAGCCAUCCGUCAUCUGGGUGGGGGACACAGAGAAGACCUUUUACAAGAAGGUCCCCAAAGAGGAGAAGGAGGUGAGUGAGGUGGGAGGAGAACAGCCUUGAUGUCCCAUAACCUGGAAAAAAGCAGGUUGAAGCUGGCUGGGGGUCAUGCCAAUCUGCUUCCCUGGGGGAGAGGCUCACUGCCAUCUUUCUCCCUGGCCUGGGGCUGAUGGGGUGGCUGCUGCCCCACAGCACGACCCCAAGCGGCUGAAGAAGGACCUGCCCAAGGCGUUGAACCUGCUGAAGGCUGAGGACCGCGUCCUCCUGAUGGGAACGUCCAACCAGCCCUACCUGGCUGACAUCAAGGGCCUCUGCAAGACCUAUGAGAGGAUCCUCCUCAUCCACCGGCCAGACUAUGCCUCACGCUACGGUGAGGAGAGGGGCUGGGGCUGGUGUGGGGGCACAGGGUGUGUUUUGGGAAGGAUCCAAACACUCAGCCGGUCUCCGGGAGGCAGUAGCUGUGUUAAUUUCCCGGAACAAAUCCUGAACUGCUGGGAUGUUGUUUCGUCCUGCCUUGACUGACCUUUGGGGUGGAAAAUGACCCCCAAGCAGGAUCUUUCAUGGGGCUUAGGGACCCCACUAAGGAGGACAGAGGGUAGAGGAUGCAAGUCAUGGGUGGCCGUGGUCUUGUGAAUCAUGGACCUGUCAUUGCACAGCAGCCCCUUCAGGUCAGGGAAGUUCAGGGAAGUUUUCAAUGUGUGACUUUUUAAUGUAUUUUUAAUCUUUGUUGGAAGCCGCCUAGAGUGGCUGGGGAGGUGCAGCCAGAUGGGUGGGGUACAAAUAAUAAAUUAUUAUUAUUAUUAUUAUUAUUAUUAUGUGGCUCACCCUUGCUGAUUCCAGCAUCCUUCUGGUCAGAGCUUCCAGAACAGUUCAGCCAAGCCACCCAUAGCCGUUUUCGGUUUAUACAUUUCGUAAAAUAUAUACACCGCUUGCUUGUUUAAAGAAGCAUCAAAGCGGUAGAAAGGAUACUAGAAAACAUUGCAGGAAACUAUCAAGGAGUUCCACUUGCUGCCUCAGUCCAGGCACCUGGGGGCUGAGGCUGCGAGACAGAAGGGGGCCUGACAGACCCCCUUCCCCCCUUUCCCCAGUGACGUGGAAGCGGCUGGUCGAGAGGCACGGCGGAGUCGUCACCAGCACCCUGGACCUCAGUGCGCUGGCGAAGGUGUCGGACGGCUACAGCCAAGGCAGCAUGGCCGAGGCAGUGAAGUCCGUGCUGAGCGAGAGGCGCCUCCUGCAGCUCCCCAAAAGGCCGCUGAACGCCGGGGAGCUCCUGCAGAUGCUGGCCAGGGCAGACCCCAUCUACCCCGCGGAAGAGGCCAUGCUCAGGGUGCGUAGCCUGUCCUGCCCCCGCCCCUAGGUGGCCUCUGGCGCCCCCUGCUGGGUGGCUGGCCUCGCCCUGAGGCUCCUGGAGAGAAACCCACCAGCCUCUUCCCCUCCCCUUGUGCUGUGGCCACCCUUUGGGCUGGGGGUGGCCCGACGAGCCAUGUCCCCCCCAGUGGAAUGGGGUCUGAGCUCGGAGCUCAGACAUGCAGAUGUUCUCACGUUGCUGGCAGAGCAGGAAAAGAGAAGGGAGGACUAGAAAGAGAGGGAGCCCAGGCAGGUAGGAGAAUAUACAGCUCUGUGCUCCCCCUGUCAGGGCAAAGUGGGGGGGGGGGUGUCUCUCACAGAGCUCUCUCUAGCAAGUUUACAGGGAAACUCUAUGAGCUUCAGCUCCUAUCUAGCAAAACAAGACUUGUUGCUGUGACUGCGUUUUAAACACAGGAGCCAACUCCUAGGGGCUGAGGGGUCUUCACACACCCCAAUGAAAUAUUUGAGGGGGCCGGAACCCCCCAAAGUUGGUGGGCAUUGCCAUUCAAAUGGUGUGCAUGCACCAUGUCAUGUGACUGAUUAUGUAGGGCAGUGCUUAUCUUCCCCCCCCCCUGCAAUAUUUUAUUCAAGUUGGCACCCCUGAUUUUAAAUAUCCCACAAGCAUUGGGCCUGAAACACAGAAACAUGAAAUUGAAUGAAAUAUUUAUUGCUAAAAGCUAUAAGCUGUCACAAUUGGUCUCAGUGCCUAAAAUACAAAUAAUUAAUUUAAAACGGAACAGCAACAGCAGCAAAGCAAACACAGAGAAAUGCGAAAAUCACACCUGCAUAAGUUAAGCUCCCCACGUCUCACACUUGCCCUUAUGAUACUUGCCUUGGUGCCUCGCGCUCAACUUACUUGCAGCCAAGGCAAAUUUUAGAAGCUGUGCAGUAAGACUUACAUUAUUGCCAGCCAGCAAAAUAGAGAUUUGCUCAAGGGGAGGUUGGUUGGAGAGAGAGAGCAAAGGAUGUAAUCAAGUAAUUUUUGUCUAGGCGCAGUGGUGUCCAAACGGUUUUUUUUGGAUUUUACCCCAGGAAAUAAACUGCCACAGUGGCGGGAUUAAAUUGACCAGCAGGCCGGAUUAGACCCCCAAAAUGGACUUUGGACAUGCCUGGUCUAGGGGAUGUAUAUAAAGAGCAUCGUAACAAAUAGUGUGUAGAGUUGGGCCCAGUCCCCUGCAAGGCAGGAAUAGGCAGCUGGGAUCGAACCUGCAGCCUUGGCCUUAGCAGCACCAGCCUCUAACCCACUGGGCUAUUGUCCCACCUGCUCUUUCUCUGAGCCCCGCCUUCCUCCACCCCCUUGGGCAGGGUCCCUUUCCUGAAAGUCUCCCGCCUUCUGGGCCUCCUCCUGCAGGAUUGGUACAGCAAGACCCCCCUGGGCAAGAAGAAGAUGCUGGCCGAACAGGAGAAGCUCAGGGCAGCCGAUGCGAAAGACAAAAAGAAGAAGAAGAAGAAAUAGGAGAGAGGGGAGGGGAGGGGAGGGGAGGGGGAAGCAGACGCUUUGCAGCUGCAGCAUAAAUGAGUUACGUGCAAAGGCUGGCAUGGCGCACGUGUGUGGGGAAGUGGGUGUCUGCGACCCCUAAGUGUGCUCCCGGGAAUCAUGGAAUCGUGGCAUUGGAAGGGUCCCCCAAAGCACAUCUAGUCCAACCCCUGUCAUGCAGGAAUCUCAACUGAAGCAUCCAUGACAGGGGGCCAUCCAGCCUCUCCUUAAAAACCUCCCAAGGCAGGACAGUGUGCGCAGGGGUCAUGGGAGACACGUAUGGGUGCAGGAUGAGGCCUGGACAACCUAUCAUUGGUAGGGAACUCAGCCCACAGGGGGACUGGCUUGCUUCUGGGCAGGUGGGCUUCAUGGUCCAAAGUGGUGAACUGGGCCUACUGACCACAAGGAGUCCUGGAGGCCAGGGGAUGUCAGUUCAGGGAGCUUGAGGGACAGGGGCUGCCCUACACCGGGAGGUCAGGUCUGAUGCAUCGCCCUGGCCUUGGGCCUCUCCAGAGUUAGGCCUUAAGGACCCCGGGGCUGGAGCUGCUCUGCAGCCUUGCUCAGGCCAGACUGAUUUGGAAGCUACGUGAAAUAGCACUGGGCAGCCCCCUGCCCCCCAGGAGAGUGAUCUGGGGCUGACCCUUGAGCCACAUCCAGCCCCUGACCUAGUUUGGGGACCUUCCAAUUCCAUCCAUUUGGUGGGGAGUCAGGUACAGGGCAAUCUGGGGCUGCCUCAGCCCCACCCAGGCAAAUCAGCCCGAAUCUGCCCCACUCAGUUUGCACUCUGGAAUCUGGCUGGAUCCAGUGCACAGCCUAAGCAUUUAGCCAUCUCCUGGGGGCUGGGGAGGCACCAGUCUUGUUCUCUGAGAAAUUGGCUCUGCAGGGGGGAAGUGGCAAAACUGUCUGGGGGUUGAUGUACUGUGUAUUGUGAUGCCGUUUGGGGUCAAGCCGGGCUCUUACGCAGUGGGGGGGCUGCCUACAGAGAGCAGGUCCUCCUCCUCAAGUAGAACAUAGAAUCUCAGAACGGUAGAGCUGGAAGGGACCUUGAGGGUCAACUAGGCCAGCCCCCUGCAAUGCAGGACUCUCUUGCCCAGUGGGGCUUGAACCCACAACCCUGAGAUUCAGAGUCUCGUGCCCUACUUGGAGCAAGCCAGAAGGCAAGCGGCUCUUGACUUUACUUGUCGCAGCCGCAUGCAGAGAGAAGCUAUAAUUAUAGAUUGAGAAAACAACCAAGUUGCUUGUUGCAGUGUGGUGUAGUGGUUAGAGCAUUGGACUAGGACAUAGGAGAGCGCAGGGAUCAAAUCCCCCACUCAAACAUGAAGCUCACUGGCUGACCCUGAGUGAGUCACUGCCUCUCAGCCUAACCUACCUCACAGGGUUGUUGUGGGGAUUAAAUGAGGAGGGGGAGAGCCCUGAGUGCCACUUUCAGGUCCCUGGAGGGAAAGGUGGGAUAGAAAUGUAAUAAGCCAAUGCGGAAAGGGAAGUUUCUGGGACUAGCCUAACCAGCUGAUCUGGUGGCCCUGAGAGAUAGAUAGAGAGAGAAAGAGGGUCAGCCUACAAGGUUGAAGAUCACAGGGAUCGUCUGGAGGCCCCUAACUCACUCUCUCUUAACACGCCUCUUCUGCAAACUGAGUCGCACCCAAACUGCCAACCUCUUUCCCCCAGGCUGGAGAAGCAGUUGUGUCACUUUUCAAAAAGGGAGCCUGAAAUGUUGGGGGAACUUUUGAGGAAAGUGCAGCAGUGCUAGUGGAAUGAAAGGGGGAGGGGAUUGGGAGUGUGUUAAAGGGCACCAGCCGAAGCUCCUGCCAAAAAACUUUGCAGAAUUGUCCUGCCUGGAGCUCUGGGUGUCCUCUUGCUUCAAUCUAUUGUGUGCUUGGUUGGAAAUAAAAGACAUGGAUGUCCUUAAAUAGAA